AUGAAAGGUGGCGAGAAGUGCUGGCAGACAACAAGGCACUCUGGAACAGAACUAUUACGGACGCAGUCGCGGCACGGGGUCAACAUAAUAGAAAUCAGGGAGAAAAUGAAUCACGUCGGGAUCAUCUUCACGACCAGCCCCGUGUGCAGCCCGAAGAGAACGAGGACCCUAUCGCCUUGCAUUACCUCUUCAUCAGAUCGAAGACGGCUAAGUCCUCUUGUUCCGCAGACAAAAAGGCCCAGCCGGAGGCAGGAACCCCAGCCCAAAAGAAGCAACGGAUUAGCAAAUAAGACAAAGAAAGGCAAAUGCUGA